UUUUAUAAAAAAAAUGUCAAUAAAUUUCUUCAUAAGCCAAGCUUUUGUCCAUUAUUUGUUUUAGCUUGAAACUCUGAUGAUGGUGAGAAAAUUCAUCAAGGUUAAGAUGUUUCAUUACCAGGUACUUAGCCGUGCCAGAUUUCCUCUCCUUUUUACCCUCACACUAUUUGGCGUUGCCAUGAUCUAUAUCAUCUACACAGACAAUAUCAUAUAUGAUUCUUUUGAGUCUGGUAACAAUGAAAUUCCUAAGUUCUUGGAGGCACAUGAGAGAGCUCAAGGACAACUAAGAUCAAGUAUUGGUAACAUGCAACUGCAACUGCGUUCCAUGCAAGAAGAGAUUGAUGAAGUUGAAGAUGAAAAUUGGAAAUCUCUAGUUCCUCCUUUUAAUGUCACAGUAGAACAAAGAAUUGCUUGGUUCCAGGAAAAGAUGCCGAAGUCUAAGGUUUUCAUGACAAACAACUUGACACACCAAUUUCAUAGUCGGGUUAGGGAAUUCUUUAAAAGUGGCUGUGAGGAACAUUUCUUCAUGAUUUGGAUUGCACCAGCAAGAUCUUUUGGAAGAAGAGGAUUCUUCUCCCUGGAGAGCCUUUUCAAGGCACACCCUACUGGAUGUUUAAUGAUUUUAUCAAGAAGUUUGGAUUCUAGAAGAGGAUACAGGAUUCUGAAACCUCUAGUAGAUAGAGGGUUCAAAGUUAACGCGGUGACACCAGACUUGGCAUUUCUAUUCAAGAAUACCCCAGCUGAGGCUUGGUUUAAGAAGAUGAAAAGUGGGAAGAAGGACCCUGGUGAGAUUCCAAUAGCUCAGAAUUUAUCCAAUUUGGUGAGGCUUGCAGUAUUGUACAAGUAUGGGGGGGUUUACUUGGAUACAGAUUUUAUUGUUCUAAAGCCUUUUAGGGGGUUGAAGAACUUGAUUGGUGCACAAAGUAUGGAUAUGAAAUCUAAGAACUGGACCAGGUUGAACAAUGCAGUUUUAAUCUUUGAUGUGAAUCAUCCACUUCUGCUCAAGUUCAUCGAGGAAUUUGCCUCGUCUUUUGAUGGAAAUAGGUGGGGACAUAAUGGUCCCUAUCUGGUUUCCAGAGUGGUUGAGAGAAUAAGAAAGAAACCUGGCUAUAACUUCACAGUCUUGCCACCUAUGGCCUUCUAUCCUGUUGAUUGGAUUAGGAUAAACAGACUUUUUCAGAAGCCAGCAAACCAAGGUGAUUCUAUAUGGGUACAAGACAAGCUGCUUCAGCUCAGUGGAGAGACUUAUGGUGUACACCUAUGGAACAAGCAAACUAGCAAUUUGAGAAUUGAAGAAGGAAGUGUCAUGGGAAGACUAAUCUUAGAGCACUGUAUCCUUUGCCAACACAUAUAUUAGUUCUUCAAGGAAGAUCUUGUUGACUGGAUAUUGCUUGAAUUAACUCUGGUACACGAGUUAUGGGUAUAUCCUUGUUAUCUUUGUUUGUUUUUUUUCUUU